AUGGCCUCCAGAUUAGUCUUGGUCAUCGGUGAUCUCUUCAUCCCAGACAGAGCCCCGGAUCUUCCAGCAAAGUUCCGGAAGCUCCUUUCACCGGGAAAGAUUGGUCAAAUCAUCUGCCUAGGAAACCUUACAGACAAAGAGACAUAUGACUUCUUGCGACAGACAGCUCCAGAUUUACACAUCGUCAAGGGAGACUACGACAUCGAAGCCUCCAAUCUAGCACUCUCCAAAGUUGUUCAGCAUGGAGGACUCCGUUUCGGAUUUACACACGGCCAUACCAUAAUACCACAAGGCGACGCCGAUGCGUUGCUCAUCGCAGCUCGACAAAUGGAUGUUGAUGUUUUGCUCUGGGGCGGAACGCACAAGUUCGAAGCAUAUGAGUUAGAGGGGAAAUUCUUCGUCAAUCCUGGUAGUGGAACCGGUGCUUUCACCUCGAACUGGACCGCUAUUGACGAAGAGCCAGUCCCAAGCUUCUGCCUAAUGGAUAUCCAAGGUGAUGUCCUCGUACUAUAUGUAUACCAACUACGGACCGACGCGAAUGGGAACGAGAACGUUGCUGUGGAGAAAGUUUCAUUCAGAAAACCAGCCCCAGCAGAAGCAUCUUAG